GAGCUUCAACGCCGUUCCAGCAACACCAACAACCCAAGCAAUGAAGGAAGCAAUCGUGCUGUAUCCGUCACCGGCCAUCGGCCACCUCAUCUCCAUGGUGGAGCUCGGCAAGCUCCUCCUCACCCACCGCCCUUCCCUCUCCAUCCACAUCCUCAUCACCAACCAAGCUUACGACGCCGGCUCUACCACUGCCUACAUCGCCUCUGUCUCCGGCACUCUCCCCUCAAUUGCCUUCCACUACUUCCCUACCACCACCCUCCCCCCGGACUACUCCACGACCUCCCCGCACCAUGAGACCCUCGCCCUCGAGCUCCUCCGCCUCAACAACCCCAACGUCCGCCGCGCCCUCACCACUAUCUCCGAAAAUUAUGUCGUUCGCGGCCUCAUCAUCGACUUCUUCUGCGUCGCUGCCAUCACCAUCGCACACGAGCUCAACAUCCCGUGCUACUACUUCGUCACUUCCGGCGCUGGCUACCUCAACUUCUUCCUUUACGUCCCAACUCUUCACGACAAGUUUGCCAAAAGCUUUAAAGACUUUGACGCCCCCAUAGAUGUCCCUGGCACACCGCCGCUACCGCCCUCCGAUGUUGCAAAGCCGAUGCAGGAUCGCUAUGAUGAGGCCUACAAGGGCUUCUUGGAUUCGUCCCUGAAGAUGCAGACUUCGGCUGGAAUCAUAGUCGACACCUUUGAGAAGCUUGAGCUGAGAGCGAUACGAGCCAUCAUGGACGGCGAGUGUGUGCCCGGCGGGCCCACUCCGCCGCUUUACUGCAUCGGGCCGCUGAUCUCAAGCAGGGAAGGUGACGACGGUGGAUCGCCGGAGUGUCUGACGUGGCUAGACUUGCAGCCGAGAGGGAGCGUUGUGUUCCUGUGUUUCGGUAGCUUGGGCGUGUUCUCCGUGGAACAGCUGAAGGAAAUAGCGACGGGGCUGGAGAGGAGCGGUCAACGGUUCUUGUGGGUGGUCCGUAACCCAAUAAAGACCAUGCCGGGGAUACCCGACCCGGACUUGGGCUCGCUGCUUCCGGACGGAUUCUUGGAACGUACCAAAGAGAGGGGGCUCGUAAUCAACAAAUGGGCCCCGCAGGUGGCGGUACUGAGCCACGGCUCAGUGGGCGGGUUUGUGACUCACUGCGGGUGGAACUCGGUGCUCGAGGCCUUGUGCGCGGGUGUGCCGAUGCUGGCAUGGCCGCUCUACGCGGAGCAGCGGCACAACAGGGUGCUGCUGGUGCAGGAGAUGAGGAUCGCCCUACCGGUGGACGAAUUGGAGGACGGGCGGGUGAGUUCAGACGAGGUGGAGAAGCGAGUCAGAGAGCUGAUGGAGAGUGAGGAGGGCAAGACGGUGCGAGAGCGAGCGCUUGCCAUGAAAGAAGAAGCUACGGCUGCGCUGAGCCCCGGCGGGUCGUCUUGGUCGGCGUUGGCCGGACUCAUUGAGUCAUGGAAGCGCGAGUGAAAUGCUCCGGAUGCUGUUGGUCGCUUGGAGGCGAAUUGACGUACGUUACGAACAAAGUGGCAUGUGCUUUUUAUGUUUUUGUAUUAUGGAAACGUAAACAGAAGGAUGAGCGUGGUUGAGUUUUAUCUUGAAGCCUGCU